GAGAAGAAGAUAAAAAGGAUUUGAUUUUGCUGUUUGAAACACAAUCUGUACAGCACUGAACUCCUGUCUACACAGUUUUUUUUUGCGUUACGGAGAGACAGGUAGAGGAGAAACAGGAAGAAAGAGACAUCAAAUUCACACACACACUCCACAAAGGAGUGAAACCUAAGUCCCUUUUGUAGGUUUCUUUCUUCUUUUAAUCAGCAUUUUGAACUGUAAAUGCCCGAAACCCUCGCAUUUCUUUUGAAAUUCGAAUCACAUUUCGAUUUCGUGGGGGUGUCGAUUUUGAAUCCGACGAUCGGCUUACCGAACUCAAGAUCUUCGCAUUGGCAUUGUUGAGGAUACUGUAGCUUGGAACUAAAAAUAGUAGAUACAUUGUGGUUUAUGUUGAGAUUUUUGGCAAUGCAACCGCAUAUGUGAAAGAGACCAAGAAAACAUAACCGUUCACUAGUAUGGCAAAGAUGAAGUCAGACGCCCCUCUUGAUUAUGCUGUAUUACAGCUAUCUCCAAAGCGCUCACGAUGCGAAUUGUUUGUUUCGAGUGAUGGGAGCACAGAGAAACUAGCCUCAGGAUUGCUUAAACCAUUCGUUUCACAUUUACAGAUUGCAGAGGAACAAGGUGCCUCUGCUUCACAGUCAGUUAAGCUUGAAGUCGGCCGCCAUAAGAAUGCUGAAACAUGGUUCACCAAGGGUACACUAGAGAGGUUUGUAAGAUUUGUUAGCACACCUGAAGUUUUGGAACUGGUCAAUACCCUGGAUGCUGAGAUGUCACAGCUGGAAGCCGCUCGAAGGAUUUAUUCACAGGGAGCAGUAGAUCAACUUUCUGGUGGAGGUGGUUCUGGGGCGACAUCUGGAGAUGAUGCCACAAAGAAGGAGCUUCUGAGAGCUAUCGACGUGAGGCUCGUUGCAGCCCGUCAGGACCUCUCGAACGCCUGUGCUCGCGCUGCUGCUGCUGGCUUCACCAUUCACACAGUCUCGGAACUUCACAACUUUGCUGAUAGCUUUGGUGCCCGUCGCCUAAAUGAAGCAUGUUGCAAGUUCAAAUUGCUGAACGAGAGACGCCCCGAACUUACACACCCAUGGACAUCUGUGUCCGACUCUCGCGCCUCGUAUGGCUCCGACAUGUCCAUCGACGACGAUAUGCCACCUUCUCCGCAGCCGCGCCGCGAACAUGCAUUGUCUCAACCGCCGGAUCUACCAGUACGUCGUGCUUUCAGCAGAGAGUCCAGCGUCGAGAGUGAAGCAGGAAAAAAGGUGAGCAAUGGUGCUGCUGCAGAAAAAGAAUCCAAGGAUGAGACGUCGACCCCCGAUCAGGUCCAGUCGAUUCAAGCGAGUCAGCCAUCGAGGCGCCUCAGUGUGCAGGACCGAAUCAACAUGUUUGAGAGUAAGCAGAAAGAAAAUUCUGGCGGGAAGCCCGUCGAGCUGCGGAGGUUGUCAUCAGACGUUUCAGAGAAGGCGGUGUUUAGAAGGUGGAGCGGCGCUAGUGAUAUGAGCAUUAGCCUUGAUUUGAGUUCUGAGAAGAAGGAUGUCGAUAGCCCUGCCUGUAACACGGCCCCUGCAGCGGCUUCUUUGGAAUUUAAAUUUUCAACUUUGAUUGAUAACAAUGCAGAGGUAUCAUCUGCUGCUAAGCCGGAUAUGAAGGUUUUGCCUAGCUCUGGUGGGGUCGGGGACGGCGGAACCAAAGGUGUUUCCUUUUCUACUUUUGAGCGGUUGAUUGAGUCUAACAAUAAAAAUUUCAAUUUGGGAUCUAGUGAAAGUGGUGUUUUGAAAGAUCAGCAACGUGGGAAGACCCAGUCAAGGUCGUUUAUAAACAGGGUUGAGAACCAAGAAAAAUCCGAGGAUGAUUUUAAAACACAGGAUAUAGGUAGAGACAAGGGGGUGACUGGGUUUGGGAAUCAAGGGAAGGCUGAAGUGUUUAGUGGCGGCAAGACACAGAUGACUGGAUUCAAGGAUCAGGUUUUGUCUUCGUCUCAUAUUAGGCGCAUGCAGAUAAAAUCUGGUCAGCAGAGUGAAGGUUCGGAACAACGUGAAAGUUCUGAAUCAAGGGAUGAGUCUGGUAUGGAAGUUAUGGUGAAAUCUGCUCAAAAGAGUGCUGCUGGAACCGGGGUAGUAGAUGGUGGUGCCGGCUCAAGAAUCUUGCAGGCCUUUGCCUCCCGUUAUAAGGGGAUUGAAGGGGAUUCUUCAUCUGCUCACCAAGAGGUGAGGUCUGUUAGGGAAACUGAAGCAGCCGAAAAGAAAGAAACCCGCAUGUUUGAGAAGGCAUCCCGUGAGGUAACACCUUUGGUGAAAACUGAAGUUGCUGGGAAGAAAGAAUCCCACAUAUCUGAGAAAGUAUCAGAUAGUCAUGUGUCAAAUCUUGAAGAUUCUGGGCCUCAGAGAUUAAAGUUCAAUAGACAAGUUUUGACUGCUGAGCUGAGUAAGAGGACACGAAUUCAACGAGUUGAUGCUAGUUCUAGUGGGAACAGCAGGAUGCAGUUUUCUGGUCAAGUAACAGUAGAGGCCCAGGAAGGUUCUGAUUCUUUCUCAACACCCACAAGCCAAGCUCAGAGAGUGAGGCAGGCAAAGGAUAAUCAGGAACUUGACGAUUUGAAGAUAAAAGCAAGUGAGCUUGAAAAAAUGUUUGCUGAGCAUAAGUUGCGACUCCCUGGAGACCAAUCCAACUCUGCCCGUAAAGGAAGGUUAAUAGAAACGUCACAUGAACCAUCAAGUAGUUCACACUACACAAAACCAAUAGUAGGUGAAAACUACCAGUCAGCUCAACCCAGUAGGGUUUCUAAGAACUCAACCAAGUUUGAUACUGCCUCCCCCAUGAAAGCUGUUGAUAGUCAGUACGACAGUGAUGCUAUGAAUACACAAUUUUCUGAUCUUAGUGUUACAGAUAGCUCCCGAGGGAAGCUCUAUGAUAGAUAUAUGCAAAAGAGGGAUGCAAAGCUGAGGGAAGAUUGGAGUGCCAACAGGGAAGAGAAAGAAGCCAGAUUGAAAUCCAUGCAGGAUAGCAUUGAAAGGAAUAGAUCAGAGAUGAAAGCUAAGUUUUCUGGAUCUGUAGACAAUCAAGAUCAUGUAUCAAGUGCUCAUCGACAUAUUGAGAGAAUCAGAUCAUAUAAUAGCAGGUCUAUUAUGAAAAGGGAACAGCAACACCUAGAUUUUGGGGACAGUGACAACGAUGAGGAAGCAUUAGAUCUUCCAGAGCAAAAUAAUCCCCAUGAGAAUAAGGGUUUGAAUGAUCCCUCUUUUAGAGAUGGUAGAGGUACCCAGGGGAAAAAGCAUUUAACCAUUAAUAGAAGUUCAUUGUCCACUCCUCGUACUGCAGCUCCUGUUCCAAGUUCUGCUUCGAAAAAUUCUAGCAUUAGUUAUGGGAAGCGAAGAAUGGUUCCGGAAAAUCCACUUGCACAAUCGGUCCCAAACUUUUCAGAAAUGAGAAAAGAAAAUACCAAGCCUUCUGGAGUCAAUAAAACAACACGUUCACAAGUUCGAAGCUAUGCCCGCAGCAAAAUCUCAAAUGACGAAGUGGCGGUUGUUAGGGAGGAUAAGUCGCGUCGAUUACAGUCCCUCAAGAAAAGUUCUGCAAAUCCAAGUGAUUUCAGAGAAAUGUCUCCCAUUGAUUCUGAUGUUAUUGUAUCCACACCAAAACUCAAUGAGGAGAUCCAGAAAAAUGUUGUAACCAGACCUUUUCUUAAAAAGGGCAGUCGCAAAAGCUUUGUAUCUCAAUUGAGCAUUGCUAGUGAGAAGGCCUCGGGAGUAUCUGACCUUAUACACAAUGAAGAUGACAAUUUUGACAUGGAAUCUGGAGCUGAGGAGUUUUUAAGUACGGUUGAUGAUGAAGGGGAGGAAGAACUCGACAGCUUAAAGACUGAAGUUCAGAAUGUUUCUGACAAUGAGGAACUAAAAGAAGGGCUGGAACCUGAGUAUUCUGUUAAUUCGGGUUCGGAAAAUGGUAUUGGUGGUUUAACAUUUUCUCUAGUGGACCAAGCUUUAGGUUCUAACCUGCCUAUUCCUUCGAGCUUCCACCCUGCUGAAUCUGUACCAGAUUGGUCAGGGGAAAGUCCUGUGUCAUGGAAUUUACAUUCUCAGCAUCCUUUUUCAUACCCUCAUGAGAUGUCUGACAUUGAUCCUUCAGUGGACUCCCCAGGAGGAAGUCCUGCCUCUUGGAAUUUGCACUCCUCAAAUCAAUUAGAAGCCGAUGCUGCUCGAAUGAGGAAGAAAUGGGGAACUGCACAAAAGCCCAUGUUGGUUGCACAUUCCUCCAACAAUGUUCCACGCAAGGAUGUGACGCGUGGCUUCAAACGAUUACUGAAGUUUGGAAGGAAAAGUCGUGGUUCAGAGAGCUUGGUUGACUGGAUCUCUGCGACCACAUCUGAAGGAGAUGAUGAUACUGAAGAUGGGAGAGAUCCUGCCAAUAGGUCAUCUGAUGAUCUGAGGAAGUCGAGAAUGGGAUUUUCUCAUGCUGAAGCUUCUGAUGAUGGCUUCAAUGAUUGCGAGUAUUUCAAUGAAUCAGUUAUAUCUUCCGAGAAUUCAAUUUCAGGACCUCCAGCCAACUUCAAACUCAGGGAAGAUCACAUGUCUGGAAGCACCAUCAAAGCUCCAAGAUCGUUUUUCUCAUUAUCAACAUUCCGGAGCAAGGGCAGUGAUUCGAAGCUUCGAUAAUCCUGGCUCUGAAAACAUCUCCCGUGUACAAAUACAUCACCUGUCAUUGAAGGCAUAGAUGGCUAUUCCAUUAAGCUCUACCAGCACAAGAUAAGUAUCGUGGUACACUAUGCUAUGCGGGCUUCGUCUGGAUUUUAGCCAUAUCUUGUAGAAUUUAAAUUGUUAUGUGAUGAACUCAUAGUUCCAAUUGGUGGAGCAACUGUAUGUGAUUUUGGUAGGUAAAAGCAUUAUUUUUUCUGUAGUCAAUUCUCUUUUGCUGCACUCUAAUGUAAAAAGGUAGUUUGGAGAAUGGAAUAUGAAUUAUGAAGUAUGAUGUUAAUACCUACUGCUGCACUUUAGAGGAAGAAGAAUCACAAUUCACAAUCAA